UGGGUUCCCGCUUCCGUGACUCUUCGAUUAGCCUGAGACCAUGAGAAAGUUUCGUCUGCGCUCCCCCAGUACGAUUUCUGCGUAAGGCUUUGCCAGGUACCAUAAUGGCGAGUCCAAAUGGUACGGUAAUACGCAACGUUCGACUACCAUGCGCAGAACGAUAUUCGGAGACUCCAGCGUGGGACGUAACCUGCAUUGAUGGCCGAGUACAGAGCAUAACAUCUUCAGGAUCAUGCACACCUCACGAUGAAGCUACAGUCAUCGAAGCAAACGGCGGAGUACUAGUCCCAUCGCUGUGUCACUCGCACAUUCACCUCGACAAGUGCUUCAUACUCGGUCAGUGUGACCCGUUGAUUACUGGGUCUUUACCUGAAGCUCUUCAGGUAACAAAUAAAGCUAAAGCAGAUUUUCCAAAGGAUGUCGAUAAUCUUCAUGCCAGGGCGACUUAUCUCAUCCGAGAGAGCGUGGAGUCUGGCGUCACUGCGAUGCGAGCCUUCGUUGAGGUGGAUACAACAGUAGGAUUCACAUGUUUAGAUAUGGGUCUUCAGUUAGCCAAAGAAUGGGCUGAGGUCUGUCAUAUCCAGAUAGUUGCUUUUGCACAGGAGGCGCUCUAUGCGCUUGAGGCUUCAAUAGAACCUGGUCUAAACUACAACCUUCUCUGUGAUGCAGCUUCUCGCCCGGGCGUUUCUGUCGUCGGCUCUGCGCCUUGGGUUGAACCUGACCGCGCACAUGCUCUAAAGAACGUCGAACUCAUAUUAUCUCUUGCUGAAAAACACGGCCUACACGCAGACUUUCACCUGGAUUACAAUCUGGAUCCGCGUGCCACACCAAUGGUCUGGGAUGUACUGCAGCAGAUGCGUCAGCGAUCCUGGUGCAGAAGUAGUGGAAAACGUGUUACGAUUGGGCAUGCAACCAGGUUGGGACUCUUUUCGCCCGAAGAGUGGGCCGAAUUGAAACGCGCCAUGGACAUGUUACCGUUGGAGAUCGUUGCACUACCGCAAAGUGAUAUCUACAUGAUGGGUCGCACGGAUCCUAGCGGAAAAGUUCCUGUCCCACUUGCAGGGCGUACGCUCAAUGCGCCGCAGGUUUACCGCGAUCACGGAGUUCGUGUUGCGCUUUCUGUGAAUAACGUCGAGAAUGCCUUCACGCCUCAGGGGUCACUCGAUCCCCUCACACUUGCCAGUCUCGGUGUUGCACUCUUUCAAGUGGGCACAGAACCAGACUGGAGAGUACUUUUGCGAUCGGUGUCGACAACAUCUAAAGAAGCCAUUGGCAUCAUGCCCGGGGGGGAAGCUAGUGGGAAAUCUGCGGAUGAAGGCGAUGGGCUGGUCCCCCGCGUCGGUGAUCCCGCCGAUUUCGUUGUAUUGCAUGGGGCGCGUCGAUGGCAAUCUGCAGUGCUAAGCCCGGGAUUCGACCGCACAACAUUCUACAAAGGCAACGUCGUGGCAAGACGGAGGGCUCAGACAUGGAACGCAAACAUGGGUGGAGAGAUCACCAACUAGUCACAAUAGAUAAAUACUUCAAUUGGUUUACACCUCAAGUCAGGGGAUGACGGUCGUAAUUCAUGCAUAACGAAGAGAGCUGGAUAUAGAUCAUCAAUAAGUACAUGCAUUAGAAGCACGUUGUAUUUCUACAACUGUACGAAGAUAAAACACAUAUUCAAGUCUCCAUUUAUAAAAACCCGCUUUCUUGCAGCAGUCGAGCCAUCUUCUCAUCUUCUCUCUCGCGAGGUUCGCGUUCCAGACUGAGGUUCCAAAAGUAAUCGCCUACAUCAACUUGCUCGCUGAACUUAGCAAGUGAUUCCUCAAGGUAAGUUUGCACGCUCGUAAUAGGAUUGAAAUUAUGCGGGAAUGUUUGCCAGCGCUGGAUAUCUUGGAUCACCUCCGAAGCUUUCUGUCGUUUUCGGAAGUUCACCAAGUUACCUGGAAGAGUGUCCUUGCUUCCAUCUUGGAUGAAGGUCAGUGUAGUAAGGAAGACGCCUUUACAAGCGA